GCGAGGAGCAAUGCGGGAAAGUUGCAAAUUUGCAUGUGCUUCGAUGAAAUAUGCAGUACUCCACACAGUUCCUAAUUCCUAUUUAAAAACGGUAUGGAUUAGCUAUUAUGUACUGCUGGAUGAGCAUUUGCAACUUCUCAAGAGGCAACGUGAUAGUGUUGGCGAAUAUUACCCGAGUGCCAAGAUGGCUGGUAUACACGCGGCCAUCUGUCUAGACUUAUCGCUCUGAGCAUCAUUCCAGGCUUAAAGCUCUCUCGAUGUAAACAGCUGCAGCACAUCUUCACUUCUUUUUUUUUUUUUUUGGCGAGAGGAUGGAAUAGAUUGGCUCAACUAUUGAUCCUUCACCAGCAACUCAGUCAAAAGAAAACACCACUUUUUGUGGCUAUUGUAUACCAUAGCAUCCAAAUUAAGGUUUUCCUUAUGACGUAAAUAAGCAAACAAUGGCUCCAAUUCCCUCUGUGCCCGUGUCGCUGAUUGAAUAACGGCCUGAAUUCGUUUGUCACAUUCCGGGAAAAAUAAAUAUAGGAAGAUAAAAGAAGAAACCACCACCGUAAAACGGAGAAAACAAGGCGAAUCAGCACAGAGGCCGACUGAAUGUCAUCUAUCACAGAAAAGAUCUUGUGAAUUCUCGAUGGCGACCAGAAGGAAUUGGAAGUGCCCGACCCUGUUGUUAAUAACCCUCAUCCUCUGGUUGAACGCGGCCCAUUGCCAGCAAACCGGUGGCAAUAACAGCCGAAAGAGAGACACUUGCCCCAAAGUCGUCCUGAAAAAUGGCAAAAUCAAAUUGCGUUCGGGUGGCCGCGUAGUUAAAUACAGCUGCAAUCGAGAUUACGUCCUGGUGGGCGAAAGCACGUCGACGUGUCUCCAAGGCGAGUGGACAUCAGAGGCCCCAGUCUGUGCCACUAAAGGCUGCCCGUAUAUUCCUUCGCCUCCGUCGGGCAGAUUCAUCGCCAGCAACGGAGGGGCCGUCAUGAGACUCGAGUGCAAUCCGGGGUAUAGGCCAUCCGAUUCGCCCAUGAUCUACUGCGUCGACAAAUUCGACUGGAAUGGAACAGCCCCUCUUUGCCAAGCCAGCGGAGUGCAGCAGUCGGCGACGCGUUGCGACUUUGAGAGCGACGACCUUUGCGGAUGGGUCCAGGACACGAGGACCGACGAGUUUGACUGGACGUGGCAAAACUACGGAACGCCGUCGUUUCACCUUGGAACCGGCCCGUCUUUCGAUCACACCCUGGGCCAAGGCAAAGCCGGUCAUUACUUAUUCAUCGAGUCUUCCAGCCCGCGAGUCCUGAACGACACGGCCCGACUCUUCUCACCCGUUUACGGCCAACCGGAAGCAUCCGCCGUGGCCGACGAAGGAGUUUGCUUCUCCUUUUGGUUCCACAUGUACGGCAGCACGACCGGUCAGAUCAAUGUGUUCAUCAAACCGGAGAGCAAAAAGAUGUCGGAACUGAGGCCGGCUUUUGUCCGUUCCGGAGAUCAGGGCGAUCGUUGGCGUCAAGGUUACAUUUCACUGGACACGGUCACCGAAAACUUUCAGGUUGUCAUAGAAGGCGUACGCGGAACGGGUUACGUCGGCGACUCGGCCAUUGACGACGUCCAGUUGACAAAAGGCGAAGAAUGUCUGGCGGCUCUGAAGAGAAUGAUGGCCGACACAAUUGUACCAGGAGGAUCGACCGCCCCGCCGUCGAGCACGAUCCCGCCCAAUGCGUCGUGCUCGACCCGCUGCUCUACGUCGGAACGGACGGAAGAGACGGCCAACACCAACACGUCGUCGUCGUCGUCGUCGUGGACUUGCGGUUGUAGCGACGAUUGUCUGCUGAAGAAUUCGUGCUGCUCGGAUUACGCCGCCUUCUGUUUGACGGGACGGACAGGAACGUCGACAGCCACGGCAACGACCGUCACCACCACAACGGCCAGUCCACCGCAGACGACGACGACCAUCACAACAACUUUAGCCCCUCCACCGUCGCAGGCAAUUGCAUCGUCAACAACAACAACAACUACAACGACGACAGAGACUCCUACGAUCCCUACAACGACAUUUCGUCCAACUGCUGCCGCAACGACGACGACGACGGCCAGCAGCGUUCCCAUUCCUACCACGAUGCCGACGACGCUUGCCAUCAGCUCAACUACGCCGAUCCCUCCUUCCACUUCUUCUUCGACUGUUAUUAUGUCCACUGUAGCGACUACACAGCCAACAACAGUCACGUCCACAACGACGACAACGACAGAAAGGCCUACAACCACAUCAACAACAUCAACUACCGUGCGGUCAUCGACGACGACUAUUCCCACGACGAGAACAACAACGACAACAACAGCCAAACCAACAACGACGACGACGACUAGAUCCACUGCAACGAAUCCCACAACGACGACAUCAACAACCACAACAACAACUGCCGUCCCCACCAAUACAUUCCGGACAUGGGUUGUCCCUACCACAAGGACUCCGUUGGCCACCACCACUACACCAGCCCCGACUAGGCCGACGACGACGACGAGUGUAUUAGUCACUGGCGAUCCUCCCCAAGAUGGACUGCAAGGUGAUGACGACCAAUCAGGCCUCGCGGCCGAUCAGCCAUCGCCCAGCGCCAGCAGCCAAACAUCGUCGCCCAAGUGGCUGAUUGGCACCGUCGUCGCAGCCGCAGUUGGCGUCGCUCUGCUCCUGAUGAUCGGCGUCGUCGUGGCCGUCAUCCGAUCCCGCAACUCCGUCUCGGAUAGACGGCGGAGACCCAAGCUGCGAUCCAACCAACAGGAUCAGCUGGCCGAAGAUUCGGACGUCAGAUACUUGCGGGACGAGGACGACGUCCAGCUGGAUCUUACGGAAGCCACACCUUCGUCCAAAUCGACCGGAUCCCAUCGCCAAUUUGCCGAUUUCGAACGGCUCUAAAUCAAUUACUUCUUCUUAACAAAAGGCCUUGACAGGAGGCUAGCACACUUGAACCUUUUAUAAUAUCACGUAUAAUUUUCAUCAAGUUUUUCUUUACUCUGAUGUCUUUUGCCUAGGCUCUCUUUCCCGUGUAUCCAAUCUAAAAAGUCGACGUCGGAUAUUUCCCUUUUUUAAGCCUUAUCAUCGUGUGUUACUUUCUCUUUUGAUUCCUCGGUGAAUACUUAAUCUAUUGUAAUAAUAUUGUGACGGUUCAAUCCGACUCCCACACACGCCCACAUCUUUUCUUUUUCAAAUUUUUCUUUUGAUCCCAAAAUGAAAAUUUGAUCAUUUUCCUACAUACACAAAAGUGCCAAUA